AUGUGUUUUUUUUAAUAAGGAGAGCUCAGGAGUUGGUCUUGCUCUCUUCUGGGUGACGCGGACCCCAAGUGCUUCUUCACCAGAACUUCACUCCACUGUUGGCUUUUCCCUCCUCUCCUCCGCACCCGCCCUCCCCUCUCCUAUUGAAAGUACACAUCCACACACGCCUCUCGCCCACCAAGGAGCCCUGGGAACCAUGAAGUGGAGCUGGGUGUUAGCGGUGGUCCUGCUGUCGGUCGGGGCACCGUCCUGGGCCAAGGAUGGCCUGGACUUCCCCGAGUACGACGGCAAGGACCGCGUCCACGACCUCAACGCCAAGAACUUUAAGUCGGUGAUGAAGAAAUACGACGUGAUGGUGGUGUACUACCACGAGCACCCGGGGACCAACCGCGCCGCCCAGAGGCAGUUCCAGAUCGAGGAGCUGGCGCUGGAGCUCGCAGCCCAGGUCCUGGACGAGUUUGACGACGAGGAUAUUGGGUUCGGCCUCAUCGAUGAGAAAAAGGACAAGAUUGUAGCCAAGAAGUUAGACCUCGAUGAGGCCGACAGUAUCUACAUCUUCACCGACGACGAAGUGAUUGAAUACGAUGGAGAGCUGGCCGCGGACACCCUUGUGGAGUACAUUUUUGAUGUGCUGGAAGACCCGGUGGAGAUGAUUGACAACCAGCGGGAGCUCAAGGCCUUCCAGAACGUGGAAGAGGACAUCAAACUGGUGGGCUACUUUAAGAGUCACAAGUCGGAACAUUUCCUUGAGUUCGUCGACGCUGCUGAAGAAUUCCAUCCCGAUAUUAUGUUCUACGCAACAUUCAAUGCUAAGGUGGCCAAGACUCUAGAGCUGAAGCUGAAUGAGGUGGACUUCUACGAACCCUUCCUGGCCGACCCCCUGGUCAUCCCUGGCAAGCCCUACACUGAGAAAGAGCUGGUGGACUUCAUUGAGAAUCACGACAGACCAACCCUGAGGAAGCUGCAGCCCCACAACAUGUAUGAGAUCUGGGAUGAUGAUGUUGGUGGUGAACACAUUGUUGCCUUUGCAGAGGAGUCUGACCCAGAUGGUUAUGAGUUCUUGGAGAUCUUGAAAAAGGUUGCAGAGGACAACACAGAUAACGACGACCUCAGCAUUGUCUGGAUUGACCCUGACGACUUCCCGCUGCUGGUCCCUCACUGGGAGAAGACUUUCGGAAUCGACCUGUCUGCGCCGCAGAUCGGUGUUGUUGAUGCUGAUGAUGCUGACAGUGUAUGGCUGGACAUGGACGAUGGGGACGACAUGCCAACCGUAGCUGAACUGGAGGAUUGGAUUGAAGAUGCUCUGUCAGGAGAUAUUGAUCCUGAUGAUGACGACGAUGAUGACGAUGAUGACGACGAUGACGACGAUGACGACGAUGAUGAUGAUGACGAUGAUGAUGACGAUGAUGACGAUGAUGAUGACGACGAUGAUGAUGACGACGAUGAUGAUGACGACGAUGAUGACGAUGAUGAUGACGACGACGACGAUGAUGAUGACGACGAUGAUGACGACGAUGAUGACGAUGAUGAUGACGACGAUGACGACGAUGAUGAUGACGACGAUGAUGAUGACGACGACGACGAUGAUGACGACGACGACGACGAUGAUGAUGACGACGACGACGAUGACGACGACGAGGAUGAUGACGAUGACGACGAUGAUGAUGACGAUGACGACGAUGACGACGAUGAUGACGAUGAUGAUGAUGACGAUGAUGACGAUGAUGAUGAUGACGAUGACGACGACGAUGACGAUGACGAUGACGACAAUGACGAUGAUGAUGACGACGACGACGACGAUUAUUAAUUUAACAAAAUCAUUAUUUAUUCUGAGGCCUGACCAAUUCAGCUGUCAACAACUUCAAGUGUCUUGAUUCAUCCAUUUUUGUAUUUUAUUAAAGGGGACAUAUUAUACCGCCAGUUGACAGUGUGAUUAGUCCUUAGAAGCCGUUUUGAAAAUCUGCAAUGUGUGCUCAUAGAUCAGUCUACCAGCCUACCCAAUGGACUGAAGCAAACGUUGCUCAUCUAUCCAGCACACAUCUAGGUGGACAAGUAGAGUCCAGCUGCAGCCCCGGAGAACAACACCCUGGCGUGACAACAACAACCCAGGCGCGACGAUAGUACUCUGGUGUGACUGAAGUGAUUUAUUUUUUUAACUUUUUUUACACUCCGCUAUCAGAAACCAAAGAUCAACCAUGGAUGUAAGUGAGUAGUAAGCAUUCAUGUUCAUGUUAAAGCCUAGCUGUGCCAUGGUUUAUUUACACUUCGCUAAAUUCGAAUAUAAUAAUACCGUGCCCUUUUUGAAAAGUGAACUGCACUUCGUUCAUUCAAUUUAAUUCAAUUCAAUUUUAUUUGUAUAGCCCUUAAUCACCAUUACAGUCUCAAAGGGCUUAACAGGCCAAAUAUUUAUGACACAUUUAUGUUCAGGGAAGUAACUGAGAGAGACAUGAAUAUUACUCAAUAUAUUAAGCAUAUUGACAGUCUCCAAAUAAAUCACUUCCGUCACACCAGAGUACUUCCGCCGUGCCUGGGUUGUUGUUUUUGUCACGCCAGGGUGUUGUUCUCCGGGGCUGCAGCAGGAUACUAUAGAGGUGGACACGCCCACGCAGAUUUUCAAAACGGCUUGUAAGGACCAAUCACACUCUCACCUGGUGGUAUAAUAUGUCCCCUUUAAAAUUUGUUCAAUUCCAUUUGCUGUUUUCAUCAUCAAAUCCCUGCGAACAUGUCAAUGCCCGCAGUCACAGCCACCAAAUAUCCUGUGCAAAUCUUUUGGAAGAAACUUUUUAAGAUCUCAUCUUUUUUAUUCCCACUGUAUAACAGUGUCUUGUACAAUAAAAGAAAAAAAACAUUGGAAACUUUGACAUCUAAUGUUAUUCAUUUUAUUUACAUUUUUUUACACAACUCUAAGUUCGAAGUUUCAACGUCAAUAGCGUUUUUUGUCUGAGUCCAUCUGUGAGUCUGUCUGUCACAUGUGCCGAAUGUCUUCUUUCUCAAUGUUGGGCCAUCUCUCUGUGGCCCCAGACCUCCCCAGCUGAGGGCCAAACGAAGGGUGCUUAUGGGGGUCUGCCUGCGACGAGUGCUAUCAUCCCCGGUGAACAUCACCGUGUUAAGAAACAUACAUUGAUUUGAACCGUAGAACUAUGGUAACAUUAACCAAAUGUGUUAUCGUGAAUGUAACCUUACGUGCUAAAAGGUGCUGUUUUAUCACACAGAUGUUUUCUACAAUGAUGAAAUAUAACAACAGCGAUAUUCUAUUUUUGUAACAAGGGAAAAUACUGUAAAGUCUUAAAUAAAUAACAGCCUGGACAGAAAUGCUAAUACUGUAUAGUUUCUUAA